GAAAAUACGAGAAAAACUAGUGGAGGAAAGAAAAGGAAAAUACUUUAAAAUUAUUUUCGGCGAAGAAAUCUAAUGGCUGCGGUUGUACAUGGCUGUGGUAGUCCCAGACAGCAUCAUCACGGUAGCAACAUUUCCAACACGAAUUCCUAUCUGUCAGGCAGUCAUUACCAAUAUUCGACGGCGCCAAAAUAUUUGCAGAGGUCUGCAGGUCAGCAGUUCAUCAACACAAACAAUCAUCACCACAGUGCUGGACACCAGUACAAUGCAACACUGCCCCCCGUUUCCUAUUUGCCUGUAGGCUCCGCAACUCAACUGCACUCGCAUGUCUCCAGUCAAAGACCUUUAACAGCAGGAACAAUAGCAGCAACUGGUGAUGCGUGCUGCACUUAUUGGGGUCAUCCGCGAGCUUCGACCAUGCUGUACAGAGCGGGUAGGCAUCACAGCAAAAGAAAGUCUGCUGUUGAGUUGCUUGCCGAGAGCAAGUCAUUCUUUAUGAAGCCCAACAGUAUAACGGAUAGACUGCAUAACACUACCUACCGCAUGGCAGAUGUGGGUAGUAGUAAACGUGGUCGUAGCUAUGCUGACAGAAAGGAUGAUAGGCGUAGUGUUACAUAUGGCGAGAGUAAUUACGAAAUGGAUCCAAGAUUUCUGCCAAGUCAUGGACAUCAGGGUAGUAGAAAUGCGCAUUUGCAUCAUCAUCAUCACGCGCACAAUCAGCCACAUUUGGGUCGCCGCGGAUCUGGCAUGAAUAGCAGUAGUUUGUUACAGAGUAAAUCUCGCCUUUUGCAGCAGGACUGUUAUAGACGAGAUGAGACUCAUUUAUUGGAUUUGUCCAAUGGUAUGAAUCCCAGAAGUUGCUUAAAAGAAUUAUCAGGCAUAGAUAUUGGCACCGAAGAUAAUACUGCUGUCACCCUACCACCACCUGCAUUUAAUUCUCCACAAUCUUUUGAUAAUAUUUAUAACUACGGUGCUGAAAAUAGUAGUGGAGAUGAGCUGUUGGUUUUAACUGAAAAUUACCGACCCAUUAGUCCACCUGCUGAAUACGCCGCUGACACAAAUGAAACCAUAAAUGAACAACGCUCCAGAUACAAUUAUCAACGGUCAUAUUCACAAUCUCAUGAAAUAGCCGCUGAAAAUGUCAAAUACACUGCCGCCGCAUACAAUAUUAAUAGUCAUAAGUCCCUUCCCGAUUUGCAUUCUCAGAUAAGUAGACACUCGCCUCAUAGCGAAAUCUUAAGUUGCUGCAGCCGCGGCAAUCGCUCUACAAAAUCAGCUGGUGAGUCAUCAUUGAAUCGCGACUCUGGCGGUUCUUCUGGACAUUAUACACAUCGCAGUGAACCAUGCUUCAAGCAGCGUGACGAUGAUAUCGAAGUAUACGAAACGAAAAAUUGCUGCAAUUCCGCGACACCUAUGGAUUAUCUACGUGACAGUGGCUCUUCGACACAGCAUAGUGCCACAUCAUACUAUGGCUAUGGUUCACCUCCCAAUUAUCGCAACUACGACUGUACAGAAUGCAAUUGUAGGAACGCCACAACUUUUGAAUCAGAUUUUCUUAUCAAUUUUACUACGCCUGAAGUACCCGAAGCUUUUCAAGACAAUUACACCCCUCCCUCACCUUCCAUAACAAAUUAUAAAACAGAAGAACGCUACCCCACAGCAUACAGUAACCAAACUUAUGGCACCAGUAGACGACCAUCACAGCAGUCUAUAGUGCAAAGCCCCGACUCGGUGCCCACAGUGGGUGAUAUAAGUCCACCACCAAUCAAGUUUAAGCGCCAAAAAUGCAUCAGAUUAAAGAACCACAGUCGCAUUUUAUUGCCCAGCACAACCAAUCAACGUGUCAUGCUCAAUAAAAAUGAGGAUUUAGGCCCAUUGCCACCAACUCCACUAAUGCAAAAACAACAACAACAAACCUUCGUUUUUCCGAAAUGUUUUUCAACUGAUGGCAGCUAUCAGCACACCGAGAAAUUGCACAGUGGCGAAUAUAGCAAAGCCGCUUCGGUGGAUAUUGACUAUGAACAUGUUUCCGACAGCAUUUUGGACUUGGAGAGGUUCUUCGACCGUUUGGGAUUGAAUGACGAAAAAUUCCAUGAGAUUUACAGUCCUAUCAAGCGCGCUGACAGUGAUUCUGACAACUCAAGUACAGUAUUUUUCUCAGAUGUGAGCACAGUAGACUCCAUGCGUUUGCCUGACAGCACUGAUACUCAAGUGCAAGCCAAUCCGACUUAUCGACCAUCGGAGCCACUCUCUAUUGUGGAACGCAAUGCGCGAAUCAUAAAAUGGUUGUGCAACUGUAAGAAGUCGCAGUACGCGUAAAACUCAGCACAGAUACUCGCAAAGCCAGUGAUAGCAUAAGGACACUAAACAAAUACAUAUAGUAUGUAAGCCCAGCUCAAAAGCUCAACAGUUCAAUCAAUAACCCCAAGUGUCGAUUAAAUGUAUUCGUAAUUUAAGUGUUUGUAAGAAACUAGAACCGUAGAUCUUUUUAUUGUAGUGUGUGGAAAAUACUCGUAAGUCGCUUGUUUAAGUUCGUUUUAAGUGUUAAGGAUAAUUGUGUUCGGUUUAGGCCAAGGAAUUCGCUAAAUACUAGAAAUUACUCAUUUUACGGCUGUGUAGCUUGCAAAAUUAAAACUUUUGUCAGUUUGCCUGAGAGAAUUGUUAUAUUUUCUAAUCGAAACAUUAUAAACAAUAAUCAAAACCCUAUUAGGUUAUAAACUAUCUGAAUCCAGUAUUAAGCGAAUCAUGGAUUUGAAUAAUCAGACUAUGUACUUUGGUCCAUACACCAUACUUUGGAGUAUGCAGCCAGGUAUAUGGUUUCCUGAAAAAUAUUUAUGGUGCCAAAUAAUUUAAAUAGUUAAUUACUUAUAAUUAU